AUGGCUAUUAAGCUUCUUCUUUUAGUUCUCUUUUGUGUUCUUGCAUGCAACAUUUCUGCUAGCAGAGUUUUGCUGGAGAAUGAAGUUUCCGACGAAGUUUCCGGUAAUGAUCAAGGUGGUCUGGUAGACAAUGGACACUUCGGAUUUGGUGGUGGUCAACCGGGAGGAGGAGGAGGAGGAGGAGGAGGAGGGGGAGCCGGUGCUCGUGCUCCCGGAAUGGGAGGCGUCGGAGCUGGUAUUGAUGUGGGCAUUGGAGCUGGUAUCGGCGCCGGUGUUAACUUUGGUGGCGGCGGCGGUGGUGGUGGUGUUACGGGCGGCAGUAGAGGGCCGGGCAUCGGUGGAGGAAUCAGUGCUGGUGUUGGUGCGGGUCUUGGUGGAAGAUUGGGUUUCGGGGCGGGACCCGGUGGGUUUGGAGGCGGCAAUCUUGGUGGUGGUGGUGGAAGUGGUUAUGGUGCCGGAGGCGACGGUGGCUAUGGUUGGGGAGGUGGGCGUGAUGGUGGUGGAUUUGGUGGAGGUUAUGGUGGUGGCGUUGCGGAGACAAAACCUUGA